AUGGUCCCUGAAGCAGAUACUACUAUGCAGUCCCCCCUCCUUACACCCUCUGGGGCGAACAAAGAACAGCAGCCCGCUCCAGCCGAGAGCGCAGUUGGCAGCACCCAGGAUUCCAAUAAUCGCACUCCGGAUGCGACACAUGAACCCGAGACAGCAGAUGGAACGCCAGCUACCGGCUCGCACCAGACUGAGCUGGCGAUAACAGUCCAGAAGCGGAGAAGGGUCACAAGGGCUUGCGAUGAGUGCCGUCGUAAGAAGAUAAAAUGUGACGGCAAGCAGCCUUGUACUCACUGCACUGUCUAUAGCUAUGAAUGCACAUAUGACAAACCAUCGAAUCGACGAAGGAACCCUGCGCCCCAAUACAUCGAAGCACUCGAAUGUCGACUUCAGAAAGCGGAGAGUCUUCUUAGAGCGCUCGCGCCGGAAAUCGAUCUGGAUGACCCCCGCUAUGACGGGUGUGGUGCUGAGGAUAUACUCAACCUCCUUAAGAAGAACAAGCCAGAGCCUGCCCGCAAACCCGAGCCGAAGCUGCAGGCAUGUUCAGAACCAUGCGACGAAUCCCUCUUAGAAUCGAUGGUGGAUAACACUGGCUCUCUCGACCUCGAUGACGAAGGCCACUGGGACUACCAUGGCCAUUCGUCUGGACUUAUCUUCGUCAGACGGGUACGGAAACAAAUUGGAAAUAUCGUCCCCGAACGACCACCACCGCAUAGGUUCCAACAUAUCCCGCUUGGCCUCCAAAGAAUUACAUCAACGUCUGAGUCCCCUAUCGACACCCACUUGUCUCCGGUACAUGACUUGCCGUCGAAGGAAGAGGCGCGGAAGUUCUGCACACAUGCACUUGAAGACGCCUGUUGUAUAAUGCGCUUCCUUCAUAAACCGAGCUUUUGGGCAAUGUUCGACCGGAUAUAUGAUAUCCCGCUAGAACAGUUCUCGAAUGAGGAAAAUACUUUCCUUCCUCUCUUAUAUCUAGCGCUAGCCGUUGGAUGCUUGUUCCGUGGGCCAGGCGACAGCACAUUAGAGAAAUCGGGAUAUGAGAGUGCUGUAGACCAAGGGUUUCAAUAUUUCAAAGCUGGAAGGCAAUUGCUUGAUAUCACAGAAUGCCGUGACCUGACAUCUCUACAAGCAGUUUGUUUCAUGAUCCUGUUCCUCCAGGCCUCUGCAAACAUCAGAACCUGCUAUUCUUAUAUUGGAAUUGCUCUCCGCGCGGCUGUUCGUCUAGGCCUUCACCGCUCAGUUUCCGUUAAAUUUAACCCCAUUGAGCUCGAGACUCGCAAACGAAUAUUCUGGGUCGUCCGAAAGAUGGAUGUCCACGUAAGCACCAUCCUCGGCCUUCCAUCUAUGCUAAGCGAAGACGACAUCGAUCAAGCUUACCCUGCUGCUGCCGACGACGAAUACAUCACGAAGGACGGCAUCAUGCCUAUGCCACCUAACUAUAUAUGUCUGAUGGAAGGCGCCAAUGCGCACAUGAAGCUAGGGCAUAUCAUGCUGAAAGUGAUGAAGUAUAUCUACCCGGUCAAGGUUGCGACACAUGGUGACAACCAUACGUAUAUGGUAAGCCAUUCGAAGAUUCGGGAACUUGAGCGAGAUCUUCAGAACUGGAUGGAGGCACUCCCCGAUGUCUAUAGGCCGGGCGGGGAAGCGGCGAUCGAGGUUGAGCGAAUGAGACAACUGCUCCGUAUCUGCUACGCGCAUGUCCAAAUGGUUAUGUACCGACCCUUCUUACAUUACGUCACUGGCGGAUCCAAAGGUCAAGAAAUCGAUAAACGCUCCUAUGCUUGCGCAGCUGCUUGUGUCAGCGUAGCUCGAAAUGUCGUCCACAUCACCGCAGGAAUGAAGAAGAAACAACUUCUCAACGGCUCAUAUUGGUUCACCAUGUAUACGACGUACUUUGCAAUCUUGACACUGCUCUUCUUUAUCCUUGAGAAUCCGGAAUCCGCAGCUGCGAGGGAUGGUAUUUUGAAGGACGCGUUGGAAGGGAAGAACGCAUUGGCCGGCCUUGCAAAGAAAAGUAUGGCUGCCGAUAGAUGUGCCCAGAGCCUUAGUUCUAUGUUUAAAUAUCUUCCUGAAAGACUCCGAAAUAGGCAGGCUCUUUCAUCAUCGCAGAUUAACAAAAAACGAACCCAAACUACCGCCUCAGUCUGUUCGAAUAACUCUACGGUAAAUGGAAACCAGACCCCCCCUCUGAAACCUGAAGAGCUUGAAGAAUUCAAUGCAAGCCUCCCACAACGAGCAAACACCUUCCCUCUUCACACCUCACCGAGCAGACAGGCUGCCACAAAGGAUGCCCAGUCAGGAGAUACCACAAUGGAUGAUACGCAUGCGAGCCCAACUGGGCCCCUGAAGUGGACUUCAGGCAUGCAGGCUCUAUUUGGCAUAUCACGAUCUACAUCGCAAGUCCCAUCUUUGAUCGACGGCGAACGUACUCACUUAUCAUCACCGUCUACCCCCCCAGUGGGUGGCCAAGGGAAUCAACAGCAGCAACAACCUGUAGGUAAGCAGGACAUAUCAUUCUCGCCACCAUUCAACAGCGCAGCACCUCUGCCUGAUCUAAUGCCAAUGAUGUUUCCAUCCGAUGAUCCAUUCGCGUACCCUAACCAGCCAAUGUCAACCUUGGAAGACGAUCAUUUCAAGCAGGAUAACGGCAGCAAAAACCAUGAGCAAUUUAUAUUCAGGUCAAGUACAUCCAUUCAAGCAGUAAUGGAUAACGGCAGCACGACUCAAACUACAUCCUCCUCGUCUCCAUCCUUCGCCAACACCCCUGGGCUCUCUAUCGUUAGCCCUUCCUCUUCAUUGCAAGAUCCAAAUUCUGCCAGUACUCUACCUCCACAUAUGAAAGCUGUAUCAACAGCAUUCCCUGGCAACACCCAAAGCCCAACCUCAGAACCCCAGCAAAAUACGAAUAACUACCCUUUCAUGGGAAACCCUGAUCUUGUCACCAUACCGGGGCAAUCUUUUAUGUGGCAAAGUCUCGCCGCGCAAGGAACGCCAAACAACCCAUACCAGUAUGCCACCGAACCCGCUUUCCAGGCCGUUCCUGAUGACUUUGGCAUGGACCUUGGCACGGCUAUAGAUAUGAGCCUAGAUACGGAUAUGAAGUUCGACAAUAUACUAGAUACCUUCUGCGGCGCCACUGCCGGCAACGGAGAUGCAAGCGGCAGCGGGAACUUAGGCUCGACAUCAUCAAAUGAUUGGGUCCAAUGGGGAAAUUGGGAUGCAAAUAACAACACCAACAACACUAAUAACGAGGACUAA